UGAUGAUUAUAAUAACAAUAUUAAUUAUUACAAUUAUUAAUACUAAUAUCAUGGUUAAUUGUGCCAAUAAUAAUAAUGAUGAUAAACAUGUACAACUGGGUAAAAUAGUAUUUAUUAAGUCAUUUAUAUGUCAUUGUACUGAAAAUGAUUAUGGACCAAGGUGGAAAAAUUUUGUCAAAUGUAUACAAUUGGACUACAAUCAGAAAAACAAUAAAUCAUUGAUUGCCGACACUGUUAUAUCGUUGAUGCCGACCGCCGACCUAAUCAAACGUGACUGUCAACCGCCCCAAUGCCUGGUAGAGGCCUGGUGUCUGAAAAAUGUUAUCAUACAGUUGGGCCUGUUAUCCGGUGAAACAGUUCAAGCGAUACAUAAAUGUUAUAAACAUUUAGUGGCCAACGGUUUCCGACGGGAUAUGUGCAAAAAUACUGUCGAUAAACGAUUGAAAGCGUCGAAAGCAUUCAAACAUAAUAAUUAUGACAAAUAUGUAGCUAAUAAUAAACAAAUGUAAUAUAUUCAGCCUCCUCAACCCCUCCCUCUUACCCACCAUUACCUAAAAUUUUUGUCAACACUCCUAAUACUGAUAUUCUUUGUGAGUCUAAAAAACACUAACUAUAGUUAAAUGAGUUGAAAAAAUAAAAAAUUUUAAUAAUAAAAAUUUAAUUAGUAUAUAUACUGGUAUAUAUAUAUAUUUAAAAAUUGAA